AUGGAGCCCAUGGCAGAGCCCAGAGUUCGUGCUUUGGAGCCGGUCAGUGAACCAAUGACGAGCUCUCCGGCACGUGCACCGCUCACGGUGCCUCGCCCAGAGGUGUCUGUGCCCAUUCCUCGAUCUUACAGUCAAACAAAAGUGGCUCAUAACUUGGAGCCAAGAUUGUUAGCGCUGGAGCAGAAUGUUGGGAGGAACGCCGACCUUUGCGCCAAGAUCGAAGGCUUCUUCGAGCGUGUGACCGCCAGAGUAGAUGCCCUUGAAUCCAAACAACUUUCAAAGGACAUCCUUGUGGACCUACAAGAGAAAAUGCGCUCGAUUGAACAAGAAUGGGAGAAAGCCGAUUUCGUUCAGGUGGUGCAGAAGAUGGCAGAAACGUUCCAAGAGUGGAAGGAAACACACGAGGAGGCAAUGGAGACAAUGGCAAAAAAGAUCUCAGAAUGGAAGACAACAAUGGCGAAGCACAAGAAGCACAAGGAGGAGCUGGAUCGUACGGUGCUUCGCUUGAACGACAGGUUCGAGACCAUGACGAAAGAUUUCGUUUCCCUGAAGUCCAACGCUCUGACAUUCCAAGAUCAAACUAACCAGCAGAUCUUUGGUCUGUCGCGAUGA